AUGAGCGAUGAAGGUCGUCCGUUAUGGGAGCGAGUUCUAUCGCUCGAUUGGAUGGGCAUAAUAGAGUGGAUUUAUGAUCAUCUUCCCUUCGAAGUGAAGUCCUAUAUAUGGAUGAUUAUCCUUACAUUGUUAUUUGUGGUAACUCUGUGCGGGUGCUGCUGUAUGAUAUGUUUCUGUUCUCCAUGCUGUAUCUGUGCAGUUUGGUGGCGAAAACGGCAAUCUCGUCGUAAUCGUGGAAGAGCUGACUUUACCACCUCCUAUCCGUCAGCUCCCCCACUACUUUCGAAAGCCUAG